GUGCGGAAGUGGGCCGUGGGGCAGGGCUCGCGCUCCGCUGCAUAUAAACGCACGCGGACUUCCUCAAACUCACUUUGCAUCGGAGCAGAGACGCACUCAGAUCUAAAGCAGCAGUCAUGAGCUGGGACAGCUACAUCAGCAGCCUGACCAAGAGCGAGUGGGUGGAUGAUGCGGUCAUCCUCGGGUGCACAGCGGGUCAGGAGUCCGUUUGGGCUUCAGCACCGGGCGGCUGGCUGAACCAAGUCACGGCGUCCGAGGUGCAGGCUAUGAUCGCCAGUGACCGCAGUGGUCUGUUUUCUAAUGGAGUGACUGUGGCCGGCAAGAAGUGCACGGUUCUGAGAGACGCUCUGAAUGUGGACGGCCAGAACACCAUGGACAUCAAGAUGAAGACCUCCGAGAAAGAGCCCGACCCCUUCUCCUUCACCAUCGGCAGAUCGCACAAAGGUGAAUAUAUGAGCAAUAUCAAAAUAUGGGCGAUUAUUGAAAAACCUCCAGAUCUGUAUCUGUGUCGUUGCAGUGAUCUGGCGUGUAGCUACUGCUAUUUCCGACAUCCUAUUAAAACCGUGAAGUGA